AGAAGAUUCGUGCCGCAAGUUUACUCGGAUUUGGUACACUAUGACAAUUUUUCACCUCCUUAUCCUUGAAUGUCAAAAUGUCAAAUUCACCGGUAAGGUAGGCAGCUACGAGGACGACAUCUCAUGGAAAUCGAGAAAUUGCUAUCGAACUUUCCCAAAUUUUUCCCAGAUUUAAAUUUUUCACGGUGAAUUUAUUGAAUAUGAUAAUUAGUGGAUUGAUAUUGACCAAUCAAUAUCGCAGUUUUUUAAACCGCGUGGUUUGACUUUUUAGUCAAUUUGGGCAGAGGAACUUUCGGCUGCAAUAAUUUGUCCACUUGUCAAAAAAUUCAAUGUUUGUGUCAUCAUAAAAGUAAAUAAAGGAAAUUGGGCUGUGACAACACAUUAGACCAUUGUGCAUAUAGUCAAAAAAUUGCAUAAUUGCAGAAAUCGCCACAAUGAUUUAAUUAAGAUAUGACCUUGCUUUAGGAAUUGUGAAUUAUCUUUAUGAUAGAUGUGGGUGCACUUCAAUUAUAACAUUUUGUGACCACAAAUGGAGUUUGGUAAAGAUAAAUUGUUGCCAAUUACUGAUUCUGAUGAGAAUUUUUCUGACAUAACGUUCGUUGCUCCAUAUUCGGUUGAUAAAAAUGAACAAACUGGGCAAUUACAACUAGACCAAUUAUUGCAAGAAAUCAAGGAAAAUGUUUGGGGCUGUGACUUAAUUCUGUGUUUUUUUAUUGCCGCGUUGAAUUCGUACAGAUCGGAUCGUUGUUUGAGGCCAUUUCCGCCUUCAUAUGUAAGUGAAGAGGGAAAAAAUUUUACUAGAUUGAGAAGCACCUGUGAUAGCAUUCCACCUCUGACUACAAUUUUAACUGAACCGAAAAAAUGCUCACAAGAUGUAAAAAAAUUACUUAUGUGGCUGUUUUUAGAAAAAGGUCAUCCAACACUGAAGAGGACUAGUUUUGCUAACGUCCCAUUUCCUGGAAAAAUUAGUAACGUAUUUAAGCCUCAAUUUGUGUUUGAAGUUUGUUAUCAUGACAAAUAUGAGUCUAUCUGGCAUAAAAGACAGGAUGGAAGAGACACAAUGUUUGCAUAUCAUGGCAGUGCUGUUGAUAACUUUUAUUCAAUUCUCAAAGUUGGUUUGCAACAACAUUUCAGUAUUGAAAAGGAGGUUUUAUUUGGAAAUGGAAUUUAUUUGUCUAAUGAAUUAUCAGUUAGUGCACAUUAUGCUCCUUUUGCCCAAACUUGGGUUAACAGUUGUUUAGGAAGUAAACACAGUGUGAUUGCAGUUUGUGAAGUAAUUAAUGAUGUUGAUAAAGUCAAAUGUAGAGAUACCAAAAAUAAAAGACGAUCUCUUAACGAAGACAGUUUAGGUGAAAUACCCGAGAAGUAUUUUGUUGUAACUGAUAGUGACAUGGUUAGAGUUAAAUAUCUUAUGAUUUAUAGACAAAAGAGAGUAUUUUCUCUAAAGUCUUACAUAACACAACAUUUCUUCCUGUGUCUUUUAUUUUUGUACUUUAUUUUGAUCGUUGCCAUAAGAAUUUUUAGCAACUCUGGUUAUGUCAGAUACUUUAAAAAGUUUUAUCAACUGUUUUUCCUUGACUAAUUUUAUUCUUCUUUAUUUGUUGGUAUUUUUUUACUGUUGUUCCUUAGAAAAUUUAUAACGUUAUAGUGGUGUAUUUGAUAAGAAAGUUUAGUAAAAAUUUAAUAUAUGACGUUCUUUUCCAUCUAAUCGAGAGUAAUAAAUGUGAUAUGCUUUUAUUAUUAGAACCCAUAUGUGUAUUUAAAAUACAAUAUUAUACAUAUUUAUUAACAA